CCUGAACCUAGAACCUUCGAUAACAUCUAUAAAUAGCAGCGAUCAAGUGCACCAAAAACAAACAAACGUCUCUACACCAUACAUAUAUACGAAGGAGACAGCUGCAAACGAAGGCCGCCAGAGUAUUAUGCAGACCGCCGGACUGUGUCGCCAGAAAAGGAGGAAGACGAACAACCGCCGGUCACAGCCGAACGACUUAUAUUUGCGCCGGAGAAGAAGAGUAGCAAGUGUUGCCGGAGCAAAACAACCUCGCCGCCGGAAGAAGAAAAUAACAUCGCCGGAGAAGGGGGUCAUGGGAGAUCGCUGGAUGAGUCACCACAUGCCUACCUUCUGUUGAUGUCAGGAAGGCUAUGACAAAUGAAUGAACGACGGAGACGUAGAGAAGGAGUGUGCCGAAGUGCUGUAACCAGACCUGCCGGACUGCUUCACGCCGGAGAGAAAGAAUCCGUCGGGAAAAUAUCCCAGGACUGUCACCGGACAUCUGCGCCUGGAUACACAUCGUUGACGAUCGACGAGGGCAGUAGCUGUUGCGAACACGGACAUCCAUGCGUCGACGGUACAGUCUGGAGAAGACGACUUCCCUGUGAAAGGUGAUUUCUGGAAGAUCGAGAUAGAAGCUUUGGUUAUGAAUUAUCGCAAUUUGAGGUGUUGAGUUGAUCCCGUUGAAGUUGAUUUCGAGAGAGCUUCCGCUAGAAAACAAAAUUAGUAAAUAAUUGUAAUUACAUUUUCAGCAUCUUAAAUUAGUGAACAUUUAUUUUAGAAGUUUAAUCUAUUUUGAGUUUAAAUUGUUUUAGCCUGUGCACUCGGUUAGAUUAGAACUGAGUGUGGCGGUAACGCCCCUAUUUCCCUUUUGCUUUUCCGUUGCACAAUUCUGACGUUUUCAAAUAAAGUCAAUAAAUAAAGUUAUUUUUAAAGGUAUUUUUGGGUGGGAAAUUUAGGGGUGUUACACUUGUCGAUCCUCGCUUUUUGUGUAUGGCUUCCCCGUUCGGUACUCAUGCCUUUUGGACGAACUUGCUGUCCUGUGUCCUCCUUCAUAACCCUCGGGCCAUUGGCGAGACUGUUGGUCUUCCUCAAGCCGGAUGAACGCCAGGGUUUUGGCUUGAACAUCCUCGAAAGUCCUGCAGGGAUAUUUGGUCAAUUCUCAGUAAGGUUCUGAAUCUUCAAGCAAUCCUCUUCUGAACGCCUCUACAGCUGUCGACAUGUCGCAUCUUGGAAUCGACACCUUUUCUCUAUUGAAUCUAUGGAGGUAAUCUCUUAAGGUCUCGUUCCGCUUCUGGACCACUUGAUACAGAUCGCUUGUUUGCUUUUCCAGAACCCGACUACUUGCGAAUUGCCGAUUGAAGAUGUUGACGAGUUCUGCAAAUGAAUGGAUCCCGCUACACAUGCAAGCUUCCCGCUGAUCUGGACUGACGGAAACGGAAAGCAUCCACUGCUUAGAUUGGGCAACAUGUUCUACUGGGUUAGUGGUACCGUCGAAUAGCUUCAUUGAGGGGGCCGCAAACUUCCUCAGAAUCUCCAUGUCUGUAAUAUGCCUUCCGAAUGGGGAGUCAGCAUAGCAAGUCUGCGAGGUAACGUUUAACGGUGGCGGCACCCCUGGUAUGCUGAUGAUUUUUUCCCGCAUCUCCCUUAAUUCUCCCAUGAUAAUUGCUAAGGGAUCUGAUGAAUGUGUUCGUGCCCGAGGUUCUGCCUGGAUGGGUGAGGCCGCUGCCCGAACUACCUCUUCUCUAGUGGGGGAUGAUAUGUCAAUGAACUCUGGACCCUAUCGACUCUGGCUACUGAAGUCGACAUUUUUGGCGAAGUCGACAUGUCUGGGAAUGUCAACAUGAGUCGGGGCUCUUCUUCUGUGAGGCUCUCCUAUAGAGUUGUGGGUCGCGCCUUGUCUGGGGUUGGAACGAGAACCAGGGCGCAUGGACGAUCCCGGCUCUCCGGGUAUACCGGCGGCCGCAUAAGGGAUGAAGGGUUCGGUCGGGAUCGAACCAACAUUUGACGUGGGCAUCCUUUGCGUGAGAGAUUGCAAGCCCGACGAUGAUGGCCUGGUCCGAAGUGAUUCUGGAAAAUAGCAGGUCGGGAUGUUUGGGGGCGGAGUUGUUUCUGGCACAAGCGGAGUAUACGGAAUGACUUGCGAGAUGAUGGCGGCGUGAGGGUUGCCGGUAGGUGACAGCUCCGAUUGAUGAUUUCCGGUGGGUGAUAACCCCAACGUGAGAGAUAAAGGAUUCGUCGCCAUGUCGUUAAUGGGUUCAGUCGAGAUCGGGAUGGGGUCCAAAUACAACCUUGUAGCUGUCAACAUGGCGUCACUUCUUCUAUUGAACUUCGAGUUGGAAGCUAUGGAUGCCACCGUUUGCACUUGAGAGCGCAAUACAUUGUUUUCUCACUGUAGGAAACCAAUCCGUUGGGCCAUCUCUCACCGGAUUUCUUCUCUAAUGGUUUCAAGUUGCUCAUGGAAUUCUGUCAGCAAUGGAUUCGUGCUUCCGGCCAUAAUCGAUCCUCUUUUGUGCGAAUUUCCCACAGACGGCGCUAAAUUGUUUAUGCAAGAAUAAACUAAUCUAAAAUUAUAACGGGGAUCGAACAAAUAUGGAUCAACAAUGGGGUAAUUUGAGAAGUAAAAGUGUGAAAGAAAUUUAAUAAUAGUUCGAAGAUGAUAAUCUAAUUACAAGAGUGUAGUUGAAUUGCUUAAUGGAAUUGAUCAAGUGAUCAUGUGCUACAUGUUCAGGCUGUUCAGCGGUAUCCCCUUUUUUAAAUAAAACGCUACUCCUUCCUCAAGUAUCGCACCUGUUCCCCCUUUUUCCUCCACGUGUAGCUGGCCCUUCUUAUCUUAUGCUUGACCUGGCUAAAUAACCGUUCUAGGCAUCUUUAUCCCAUUUGAACUUAGGUGGCCUUCUUCAUGCGCAUUAUAAACCAGCCCAAGCGUAAGAAAUGUAUCCGGCCCAACAUCAAAUUACACGAAAAAGCACCGGCCCAACAUAUACCGAAUAUUCUCUCUCAUAACAUUGCCGUAAGAAAUGUAUCCGGUCCCUUGUUUGUUGAUCAGUUGGUGAGGUGGAUAUCCGAGGGCUCCUGUUACCUGUGUGCCGUAGGCUAUCCGUCAAUGAGGUGUACUCCCCGGGGGCUGCCUGCUCCUCAAAGUGCUGAGGGGGGGAUCCCCGAGGGGUGUGCCUGUUAUGAAGCCGUGGGCCUCUGAAGGAGUGAGCCCGAAGGCAUUUGUUAUGUAGUAUGAGGGGCAUAAACCGGGAGCAUCUCUGGGUAAGUGCACCUGGGGGCUCCUCUUGAUGACAUGGAGUGAAGUAAAAAGCCCGGGGGCUAGUUUCCUGGUUGAUGAAGGAGUGGUCUGCUAAAUACAGCCGGGGGCUUCCAGAAUAUAGCCGUUGUAAAUAUAGCCGUUGGAAUACCUAACGUCAAAAUAUAGCCGUUGGGGGAGGGGGGGGGGGGCACACGUGGCACGCGGCGGUUGGCUGCCCGCGGGCAGCGUUACCGAUUGGGCGAAACCACGGCUCGUAUUGAUGAUCUUGUGACCGGAGGCCCGGUUUUUGGGCCCAAGCCCGGAUCUGGGCGCCUAUAAAUACCCCAUGGCCGGGCAUCAUUUCCCCUGUGCGAUCAUAUUGUUAGCGAAGCUCUGCCAAAAUUUCUAGAGAGAGAAACUCCAGGCCUUCGGUUGAAUCCCCAGCUUUCAAGGUCAGUCCCUCUUCUGUUCUCCGCUUACUUGGUGAGUUUUGCUCCUGUGGCUUUAGACUUAAGUGUCUAGAGUUUCUUAGGGUGCCUCCGGACUUUUAGAACUUCCGAAUUCAUUAGCCUAUAAAAAAUGUCGUCCGCUAGUGAUUCCCAAGACAUAUCGAGGGAUCCCUCGGUUGAGACGGAAACCUACUCCGACGUCGAGCCUUCGAGUGAGGAGUCUUCGGCGGGUGAUGACGCUGCUGUUGCCAUGGAGGUGGAGAAGGACCUCAGGGCCGAGGUCGAAGCCGAAGACUUCGAGCAGGUGAAUGAGGACGAAGAGCUCGCCCUUGCCGUGCAAACUGCUGAAGAGGAAGAGGAGAAGGAGAGGAUGAAGGUGACGGUUGAUAUCCUUUCCCCACGCGGUGCCGGGGAAUCCAGCUCCUCUCGGCCCAACCUUCAGCAGGUACCGGAGUUUAGGCUCUUCGACGAUGUGCCUUCGUCCCACAAGGGGUGGAAGGAGCGGUUUUGUUACGUACGUUUGGAGGAGAACCCCUUCCCGACUAUGCUCCGCAACAGCUUCCGGCGCCACCCGAAGGUAGGGAGCGCGGCCCUAGAGAAGAAUGGCAUAAUACUUGCCAAGAAACCGGAGGGGUCUGAUAAACACGUCAAAAUUAAGGACGUCACUCUUCCCGAGGAAUUGUUUAGUCUUGGCUUCCGGCAGUUUAGGCCGAGGGGCUCAUCGGAUGAAAGAUACCCUCCGCUCGAUCGUGUCUUCGAAGGAGCCGGAGGUGAUUAUCGAAGGGUUAUUUGUACCUUGAUAGUUUUCCUUCAUGUUUUUUUUACUCUAUGCUAUUGUAACUGACACCCUUCGGUUUAACCAUUUUGUGUCUUGUUUUUGCAGGUAGUAAUACGGACGUCAGCUCUCUUUUUGCCUUGAAGAAUGCCAAGGGGAAGAAGAAGGGCCCGGUGGGCACUUCUGCCAGGGAGGAGUCCUCCCAAGCCGCUACUGCCGGUGCUGGCGCCGGGGGGUCCAAAGGUGCUGGGCCCGUGAAGAAAAAGAAUAACGGCAAGGGGACCGAGCCCCCGGCCAAGAAGUUAAAAGCCACCGCCCCCGCCAAGCAGCCGACCACUGACGUGGUUGUCAUUGUGGACGAGGGGCACGCCUCUGCCCCCACCUCUCAGGAGCACAUCAACCAGGAGUUCUUCGGCCGGGAGAAACUGAAGGCGAUAGUGCCGAAGGGGGCUUCCGUACUCGAGGGUAGCCUAAACCCGUCGGCGCUGAUGAGCCAGAUGCUACCCUCAGCUGAUCGCUUGGCCCUCGCUAGACUGGACGAGAGCUCCCUCAAGGCCAAGAUUCUCCUGAACACUGCCUCCAGCUUCAUGGGCCUUUGCGAGCACCUUCGAAGGGUGGAGCAGAUGAAGGAGGCGAAGGGUGCAGCCGAAGGGGAGGCUGCCCUCCUUAGGAAGAAGCUCGCUGAGGCCGAGGAUUCUCUUCGCUUGGCCACCGAUAGCAUGGAGCAGCGGGUGCAAGCCGCGAGGGACGAGGGGAUGAACGAAGGCCUGACUAAGGCCGGGGAGGCUGCUGCCGAGGCCGCCCGCAUUGCUGCUGAGGAAGCCCGCGUGGCUAAGGAAGAGGCCGUCUCCAGGGCCCGGGAGGAUGCUAUAGCCGGCUUUACUGCCGAGGGAUGGAAAGCCGAAGAACAGAAAGAGUGGCUCUCCUCGGUGGUGGGGGCUUCGGUGGAUGACUGGGUUGGAGGCCCCGACAAGAUGUGGCUUGCUGAGAAGGGCGACUCCUACUAUCAAGGCGGGGAGUUUUUUACCCAGCGCCUCAUAUACCGAAAGCUCGUCUGACAUUUCAAGCUUUCACCGGAGGAGUUCCAGACUGAGGCUUAUGGCCUUCCCCCUCGGCAGCCAGACGUCAGGAUCCCGCUCCCCGAAGGCGAAGAGAGACCAGUGCUUGAAGAUUCGGAGACUCUGAGGGAGUGUGGCCUUGGGGGUGACGGGGAUGAGGCCGAAGGCGAGGCUACCUCCAAGGCUAUCGAAGGGGGCGACAUUGUAGGUCCCCUCUUGUAAAUUGUAUUCCCCACCACUUUGUAAUCAUACUGCUGUACUCUUCGCUUCGGCCCUUUUGUAAUAUACACUUGAAUUUUUCCUUUCUUCGAUGAAUGAAUACUUGCCUUCGGGCUUUUUGUAUAUGACCCGUUCCUUUUGAUUGUUUUUCUUUGAAUGUAUGCCCUCGUCUUUUCUGAAUGUAUGCCUUCGCCGUUUCUGUAUGUA